AUGUUACAACAUAGAAUUAUUUGGCUCGAUGCGAAUUCUUCAGAUCCAAUGAGUAGUUUUCAUGCAAAACUUGGUGAUGCACAAACAUUCACUAAUGUAGAUGCUUGUGUUCAAUAUAUCCAAACUCAUCCAAAUGAAUGCAUUUAUCUUAUUAUUUCGGGGUCAUUUGCUAAAGAAGUCGUACCACAAAUCUAUGAAUCUUCAAAUCUCGUGCAAAUCUUUCUUUUUUGUGGAUCAGUUAGCGCUUAUUCGGAAUGGGGAAUGGAUUAUUGUGAUAAAAUGAUGAUAUUUGACCAUGGAGACGAUGUUUUAGAACGAUUAUGGAAUGAUUUACAAAGCAAAUUACGAGAACAUGUAGCAAUGUGUUUAAAACAUGCAGAAGAGUGUAAACAACGAGCUUUACAAUAUAAACGAGCAUGUGGUUAG